AUGCCUCCCAAAUCUGGCAAGAAGGUCGCCCCCGCCCCUUUCCCUCAGGGAAAGGCUGGCUCCAAGAAGGCUCCUAAGAACCCCCUCAUCGAGAAGCGCCCCCGCAACUUCGGUGUCGGCCAGGACAUCCAGCCCAAGCGCAACGUCUCCCGCAUGGUCAAGUGGCCCGAGUACGUCCGCCUCCAGCGUCAGAAGAAGAUCCUCCAGAUCCGUCUCAAGGUUCCUCCCUCCCUGGCCCAGUUCCAGCACGUUCUCGACAAGAACACCGCCGCCCAGGCCUUCAAGCUCCUCAACAAGUACCGCCCUGAGACCAAGGCCGAGAAGAAGGAGCGUCUCCUCAAGGAGGCUACCGCCAUCAAGGAGGGCAAGAAGAAGGAGGACGUCAGCAAGAAGCCCUACGCUGUCAAGUACGGUCUGAACCACGUCGUUGGCCUGAUCGAGAACAAGAAGGCCUCUCUCGUCCUUAUCCCCAACGAUGUCGACCCCAUCGAGCUCGUUGUCUUCCUUCCUUCCCUCUGCAAGAAGAUGGGUGUCCCCUACGCCAUCGUCAAGGGCAAGGCCCGUCUCGGUACCGUCGUUCACAAGAAGACCGCUGCUGUCCUCGCCCUCACUGAGGUCCGCUCCGAGGACAAGACUGAGUUCUCCAAGCUCGUCUCCGCUAUCAAGGAUGGCUUCGUUGAGAAGCACGAGCAGGCUCGCCGACAGUGGGGUGGUGGUAUCAUGGGUGCUAAGGCCCAGGCUAAGAUCAUCAAGAAGCAGAAGGCUCUUGAGGCUGCCACCAAGAUUUAA